AUGUCAGCCCCUGCCACAACCUCGCAGUCCAGCGUGCGCCCCUUCGUCCUCAGCAAACAGCAAAUCGACGCGCUCCCCUUCGAGAACUUCGCAGGAGACAGAAAAAAGGCCACGGGCGGCUGGCGAAACAUCUUCUCGAGCCCCCAAUCUCCCACGGACAGUCUCACGCUAGGCAUUGCCACGUUCCCGCCACGCACCGCGGACGAAGAGUCCUUUGAAGCCCUGCACAGACACGCGCAGGCCGAGUUCUAUUACAUUCUCUCUGGGCACGCAGUCGUGAAGAUCGAGGGCGUGGACCAUGAGGUGACAAAUGGACAUGCAUUGUUUAUCCCCGGCGAUGCGGAGCAUGGGUUUUGGAAUACGAGUAGCGAGGAGGAGUUGGUGUUUCUUUGGGGCUUUGGUAUUGAUGGUUUUGGGGAGGUUGUGUACCGGUUUUCUCACGAGUGA